GCUAUGGAUUUCGCGGUGGUGGUGAUGGGGGGCUAGAGCAUGGCACCGGGGCCGCAUCUAAAGCCACCACCACCACCAUCAUCUUUACAUCAUUAAAACUAGACACAAACAGACCUUCUCGUCGUCGUCCUCCCUGCGAUGGCGGGAAUCAACCUCAACGACGAGUACGACGUGGUGAGGGUCAAAGUGAAGAAAUUUGACGGGCUGAUGCAACCCGAGUUCAGGACCUUCUCUGUGGACCCUCAGAUCACAUCCUUGGACGUCCUGCAUCACAUUUUAGUCCGAGCCUUCGAACUAUGCGGAAAGAAGAACUUUGUGCUGAGUUACCUGUGCCAGGAGCCGAGCGGUGAGGAGAUGUAUUUGUCUCUGCUCUCCGACUGGGAUUUAAAGUCUGCAUUUGGCAGCGCGUCCAAGCCCUUCCUGCAGCUCCGCAUCGACGUGAAGCCUUUUGAAGAGAGUCCCGUGCUGGAAGACUGGGACAUCAUCAGCCCCAAGGAGCUGCCGGGCAGCGAAGUGACCCUCUGGGAGCGAAAGAGCCUCAACGUCGGGCCCAUCCCCCUGCUGACACAGUCCCUCAUCUCACAGGUGGGGCGCACGCUCUCCAAGGUGCAGCAGGUGCUGAGCUGGUCGUACACGGAGGACGUGGCGCGACCCCUAAAGCCGCCGCUGGGCGACGCGGAGUUCCACUCGUUCCUGAGCCGCGACGGGCAGCUGGCGCGGCCCGAGGAGCUGCGUCUGCGCGUCUACCAUGGCGGCCUGGAUCCAUCCCUGCGCAAGGUCGUGUGGAGGCACCUCCUCAACGUGUACCCGGAGGGGCUGACGGCGCAGGAGAGGCUGGACUACAUGAAGAAGAAGUCCAAGGAGUACGAAGCGCUCAAGAGCCAGUGGAGCAUGCAGGCCAACAAGGAGGAGCUGGAGUUCACCGUCGGCAUGGUCCUCAAGGACGUGCUCAGGACUGACCGGACGCUGCCGUACUACGCCGGCUCCGACGACAACCUGCACGUGCGCGCGCUGCACGACCUGCUAAUUACGUACGCCGUCAACCACCCGCGCGUCUCCUACUGCCAGGGCAUGAGCGACAUCGCGUCGCCCAUCCUCUUCAUCAUGGACAAUGAGGCGCACGCGUACGUGUGCUUCUGCGGCAUCAUGAAGCGCCUGCGGGGAAACUUCCUGCCCGACGGCGAGGUCAUGUCCACCAAGUUCCGGCACCUGGCGCUGCUGCUGCGCUUCUACGACCCCGAGUUCCACAACUACCUGGUGUCGUGCGGCGCGAGCGACCUCCUCUUCUGCUACCGCUGGCUGCUGCUCGACCUGAAACGCGAGUUCGCCUUCGAGGACGCGCUGCGCAUGCUGGAGAUCAUGUGGAGCUCUCUUCCGCCCGAUCCUCCUCAGGUGGAGCUCGAGCUGAAGGGCGCCCCCCUCGAUGGCACGGAGUGCAGCCAGCAGGCGCCGCACCGCCGCAUGGUGCGGCCGCAGAUGACCUCCGCCGCUUGCAGGACUGCCGGCGCUGCCCCCGGCACGUUCCCCGCUCAGCCCCGCGCCGCCCUUGCCAAGUCCCAGCCGGAGAACUACCGGACGCCCACGCUGACGCCCACAGGAGCCGGUGCCACCGUCGCCUCCGUCGGCGCGGUGCCGAACGGAAACGUGUUCCAGAUGGCGCCUUGCCCGGUGGUUAACCUGAACGUGACCGCCCGUGACGAGCGGUGCCUCGGCCUCGUAGCCGGCAGGCGGCCCUCGCUGAGGAAGUCGUCCGGGAGCGCCGCGUCGGAGAUAUCGGAGGAAGACGAGGACGAGGAGAAGCCGCUGAUGAGCCCCAAGGUGUUGGAGCCCGACCCCGACACGAGCGCGCUGGAGCAGAUGAGGCGUUCGGCGAGCAGCCUGUCGCUGUCGUUCAAAGCGUCGCUCCUCUCGGUGGCUGGACACAAGCUCGGCAACGCGCCGCCCGCCCUGAUCAACGCCAAGGCGAUAGAGCCGGGCUCGCCUGUGGUGCAACCCGCGCAGUCGCUGCCUCCGCCGCCGGAGUUUGGCAAGGGCAACCCGUUUGUGCUCUUCAUGUGCCUGGCCAUCUUGCUCGAGCACAGGGACCACAUAAUGCGCAACGCACUCGACUACAACGACCUGGCCAUGCACUUCGACCGGCUUGUGCGCAAGCACAACGUCGGCAAGAUCCUGCACCGCGCCAAGGAGCUGUUCGCCGACUACCUCCGUGGAGAGACGUGGUGCUCGGAGGAGGGUGCGGAGGCACAGGUGGCCGAUGUUGAGCAAGCGUGUCGGUAGCGUGCCUGGACGGGCCCGUCCGCGGCAGGACGGUUUACAGUCGUGCCUGGCUCUUCUGUGGCCAUCUGCGUUGGAAAAUGUUGAUUCCGAUACAUUGCCCCGAUUACAAACUUGGGAAAAAAAAGGAUAUUUAAAUGUAUUCAACUCCUGUUCACUUUGAAUGAUCGAUGGUUGAGUAUGCGACUCCUAAAUUGUUUUGACUUGGUUGACGAUGGUACCGGUGAAAGGGAUGAGUGUGAAAUGAAUUCAAAUUCAUCACCCCUUUUCUGCAUGCAGGAACUCACCUCUGCAGAGGACUUGCCCACUUUCUUCACCGUCUCCUGCAGAGAUUCUUGUGACCUGUUAAUCGGUACCUAGGGCUUUUUGCUUGUAUUAUUGUUGUGUGAAAAUUGGAUGGUAAAAUGACAACCCCUGCCCCAAGGUCAGGUUUGAGUGAAGAACGAUGUUCUUGUCAGUUUGCAUGCUUUCUGUGUAUGAUUUUGGUAACAUUUGGAGAGAAAAAACUAAAAUUUUAGGAACGAGAUGUAUCACUUCCAGGGAUUAUUUUUCCACGGCCAGAAAAAAACCUCACAUUUUCCAGAGACUAUACGUGGAAGGAGGUCCGUUUAUUCUUGCUUGUGUACAGUUUAAUGCUGCCGAGCUGCGCACACCACAUUUCUCAAGGCGGUCCGAUACGGUCUCUGCUGGACGUUUGCUUUUAAUGAAUCGACUUUAUCUCACUCAUUAGUUCACCUAAAGACCAUUGUUGCACACCGAGGGCACUGCGACAAGCAUCGGCUGGCACAUUGGUAUAACCCAAGUGGGUAAUCUCUGCAAUAUUCAAUCCAUCCAACACAAACAAUAACCAUUAAUAUGAUACGUCGACUGGGAAUCGUUAUUGGAUGUUUGGCUGUGAUAGUGUGCUGUAAUUAACACAAAUUACCAAGAUAAACACAUUUUCCAUGGGAAAUAUUGUAAAUAAAUGAUCUGCCUUUUCAACAAAGUAUUUAUUUGCCAAGCAGAUAUGGUACUUGUUUUUUUGGCAGGGUGGGCUAGACAGAUGUAAAUCUGUUUUCAGGCCAAUUUAAUUUUGUUCCAAAUAUUUUAUACCAAAAAAAUCCUGAGGCCAGACCGGGACAUUUUGUCUUGGAUUUCAUUCGCAGGAAUGUGCAGGCACCUGGAAAUCAUCUUGCACAAACACAUAUACACACGCCUUGUUGCCCUUGAUGGCUUCAUGUCCUCUUCGCUCAACAGCCGUACACUGCCAUAGUCUGAGGGACGCCAGCCAAGUUCCUGUACAAGUUCACGGCGUGGGAAGCGCAGAUGGAGGAUCGUUUCAGCGUGUUCUCGUAACGCCACGCUGUGUCCUCGUAACGCCACGCUGUGUCGUGCUGGGUGUAAAGCGGCGAGCUCGUGGUCCGGUGCGAUGAUGUUUUAUUGACGCUACAGUGCAAUUUUAACUUUUUCCCGUUCUGUUUACGGACCAUCCUUAAUUUGGAUGCUGCUUGCGUUUGUCUAAACUGACAUGGAGAAGGCAAAGCUUAGGUCUUUCACUGAAAAGGCAACACAUUUUGGACAUUCUGCGACAGUGUUAAUGUCGAUGUAUUGAGAAUUCUUAAGCUGAAUUGUUUAUUUCUUUGCAAAUAUUUAUUUUGCAUUUUUGUUUACAUUGAAGGGGUCGUAUAAAUGUAAAACACUACAUUUAAACGUUAAAAGCAUGCCUUUACAUUCGCCUAAUUCAACUGUCUUCCAUCUUAGGGUCUGAUGCCAACUUCUUUUAACCAUUUUAGAACCAGUUAUGCAUUGUGUGUGUGCACGUCAGAUGACUGUGCAUUGCAUUGAGACCUCUGUCCAUAAGGAGUCUUGCCAUCGAGACAAAGACUUUAAGGAUGGAUCUUUGAUUAGCAAUUGGGUCAAUUGCCUUCUCGUUUGAUAAUUUUAUUUGUUUGUUAAAAAAUAGCAUAUACCUUAAGUGAAUCUCAUGUUUACAUUACUUUGUAUUGAGCACAAAAAAGUAGCCUACGUUUGCAACGGAACAAAAAAAUUAACAGGCUGUGAUCCGAGAGGGGGGGGUUGGUCUUUACUCCCUGGGAUGGCGAAUACUAUUCUUGUCGAAAGGUUAGCAUAUAUAUACUAUAUACACACACACACACCGUGUUUUAGCGACACGCUUCAUUUUGAUGUAGAUGUUUUCAAAAGCAUUCCCCCCCCCCCCCUCCAAAA